GACUUUGUGUCUGUGGUAACUCGUGACGGCGGUGCCACGCCUCAUCGCCCCCUAAUAUAACCAACAUAGAGGAAAUGUUGUUUCUGGAUGAGAGGAAUUUCGGAUUAAAAUACUGUCCAGGUGGAGAGAUCUUCCACUGAGGGACUUGACAAAUCAGAGGGGUCUAAAAAUACCUACUUAAUUCGGACCUGAAUAUGGGGGUUAUAAUAUCCCGGUUUAGGACUAAGCCAUCAACUGUAGAGGUUUUGGAAGGAAUUGAUAAGGAUAUACAGACUGGUGAGGAAUGUAGAGAACUGUAUCAAAGACAGUUGAAGCAAUGGCUAUGGCGACUACUGCUGUACUCAUCUCUUCUCUACCUGAUGGCCAGCAUAAUUGUGUAUCUCUGGUAUCUCCCUGAACAGACCAUUGGGAAGGUCAUAUUGGCCCUUCCGUCUGUGGUAUUUCCACUAUUUGUAUGGCUCCUUCGAAAGGGGCUGAUUGCUCUUUUUAAAAGAAGAACAGAAAAAACCGAUGAAAAAUUGUCCAAUCUCAAAUCACAAAAACGAAAAAUUCUGUUAGAGGUGAUGGAAACUGAAACCUAUAAAACUGCAAAAAUGAUUCUGGAGAGAUUUGAUCCUGACUCAAAAGCAAAGGUGCCAGAAUCCCUUCCAAAUGAAAUGCCUAUGACUCCAAAACCUCACCAGGAACUCCGUCAGCGUCAUGUCACUCCUCGUCCCCCGGUGGCGUUGACUCCUGCCGCAGCCCGUCCUCCUCGUCCCCCGGUGGCGGUGACUCCUGCUGCAGCCAGUCUUCUUCUGGCCCCAGGGGCCACCCAUGCAGGGCCGCCCCUCCACUCCGCUCCUGGAGGACCCCCAGAGAGGAUCCUAUCUGAGGCUGCUCAGCAGAGCUUGAUGAAGAGGCCCAUGACCCCUGGCACACUUGUUCCAGGAGUGGGCCCUCCCCUGGCCAGACCUGUCCUCCCCCGGGAUCGCGGCACCAUGGACAGGGUUAUUGAGUACCUUGUCGGCGAUGGCCCUCAGAAUAGAUAUGCCCUCAUAUGUCAGCAGUGUCUCACCCAUAACGGGAUGGCGUUAAAAGAGGAAUUUGAAUAUAUUGCCUUUAGAUGUGCAUAUUGUUGUUUCCUGAACCCUGCGAGAAAGACCAGACCCCAAGCACACCGACUCCCUGAGAUCAGUGCCGAGACGAAGAUCCUCACCGACGCACCCGUCGCAACACCACCUGAAGCUGAUGAGAGCCCCGUUGCUGCAGCUGAAGAGGAGAUCCAGGAGUUGGCAGUUACUCCAACAGAGAGUGCCCCUGAAACAAAAGGGUCAGAAACCCCAGGCUGUCUGGGAGCCACCCCAGGCUGUCUGGGAGCCACCCCAGGCUGUCUGGGAGCCACCCCAGGCUGUCUGGGAGCCACCCCAAAGAAGUCCGAUGGAGAGCUGGAUAUGUCAGACAUGGAGGUUCAAUAGAAUGUUUCAACAUCAUUUUAGGCUGGAGCUAUGUUCUUUUAGUUAUUUUUCUUCGUUUUUAAAGUAAACUUAAUAACAUCAAUGCUGUGAGUAAGAAUCGCAGAAUGACAGACUAAGGGUUUGGUAUGAACUUAAAUUGAUUUAUUUUUCCUGUCUGUUAUAGUGAUAGCAUAUAAACUGAAUCCUGAUGCUAGGGGAUAAUGGACAGGCAAUACUUUUGGGAUUUGACAUAAUGUCAAUACUUUCAUUCACUAUUACAGCACUUCUAUCCAUGAAGCAAGAGUAGGUCUGCUAGCUAAGCAUUUGGCAUUGAUGCACAUCUGUAGAAUGUUUAUAAUAUAUAUUUUUUUCCUUUAGUGUUUUGUUUUAAAUAUUAAGCGAAUAAGCAAUUUGCCACAUUACUAUAUUGUCUGUUUUGUGUGACAAUGUCUGUCCACGUUGUCUACAGACAGGUGAACAUGCUAAUGCAUGCUACUACUACUUAAUAAUAAUAAUAAUAAUAAUAAUAAUAAUGCAGAGGCCAAAUCUAGCUAAGCAGUUGGUCUGUAGAAUGACGUUUUCUUCCGUUUGUUUUGCGGGAGUUAUUUGCUACAUUGUCACUGUAUUUUUGUUUGUUUUUUUGAGAAUGUCUGGCCAUGUUUACAGAAAUGCAAAAAAUAUCCUGUCCGGUGUUCUAUGAAAUCUGUAUAUUUAUAGGUGAUGAUAUUUAUAGAUACUACAGUAUUGGGAUACAGUGCCUUUUGAUCAGUAUUGAAUAGGUUUUGGAUACUUCAAGCACAAUGUGGCUAACCACAUGUUUACACAGUAAUGGUUACUAUCAGGAGUGCUUACUUACAUAUUUAUUGCUUAAAAGGAGAAAGAUGUUCGGCUGUUCUCUGCACCCGAGUGAUGCGUUGUACAUUUAUACUUUGAAAUAAAUAAAGACAGUCAUUUUCA